AGUCAUAAUUAAUGGUGGUAUAGCUCUCAUGAAGGAAGAAUUAUUGAUAAUUUAUUUGCAUUAUUGUAGAAAAGAAGGGAGGAGUGGGGAAAAAGGGAGAGAGUUCCUUUUGCUUAGUCAAUUUUACGAAAUUCCCUCUUUUUCAUUUAUGAUCUGAUGUUAUACCCAACUCUCCAAAUCAUAAUAAUAGUACGAAAAAUUAAUUAAUUAAUUUUAUGUACAACAUUUUGAUAGAUCCAUUUAUAUAUUUGUCGCGACUCUCUGCGAUGGAUCCACUUCAUGCAAAUUAGGGUUUACUUAGGUUUUCACCCAUUUAUUGCGUGUGUAGUGUACUAGCCAAUAUUAUGUAAUUGAUUACAUAUUUGAUGUUUGGCUCUAUCGCAUUCCCUAGCAUGCACAUCAUAGACACUCAUAAUAUGCUAUUGGAAAAAGAUUGAAAUGGACAACAACGUAAGGGAGAGAAUACUAUCGAAAAAUGUCACGAUGGAAAACAUAGGCGACCGCUAUAAUAUUAUCAGUCUGUCGUGCUAUGGAUAUUAGUCUACUUUCGCUAUAUAAUUUUACGAUGAUAUAAAUUCAUUGGAUUUCCAUGUAAUUAAUCGUGUUGUCUACGGUUCGCGCGACGACGCGACACCAUAAGACUCUGCAACGACCUGGGACUAGUGUCUCGAUAUGGAUACCAACGUAUUUGUAAAGGAAUGAAGAUGAUCGUAAAGCUACAGGAAGUCGAUUAUUUCAGCAGCAAGGUCGAGAAAGGCAGAGCUAAGGAUGAAGAUGGAGAAUGAGGGAGAAAUUAGAAUGUUGUACUUCUUCGAUAGUAAGUUUUCUCUCAAUCAUCAAAUUAAAUCUUCUUAUCAGUAUUUCAAAAUUAUAUUCAUACAAAUCUAAUUUACUGAAUUCUUGCACGAACAAUCGUUACGAUCAAUUGUAUCAAUAUUAGUGUAAAAAAAUGCAUCGUAGAGUUCCCCAACUGAGAAGCGACUACUAGGGUACCAUCAUGUGCAUGGUUUUCAAGAUGCUUGUUGUUGGUAGAACCCAUGUUCCACCACUCCAAAAGAUGAAAAGGGCAUAUAUAGUUGUUGUAUUAUUAAUUGUGAUUUGUGAUUGAGAUGGAGAAAAAAAAAAUGAAAAUACCAAGCCAACCUACUUUUUCUAAGUUGAAUGGAACUCUCAGCAUCGGAAAUGUUUCCCCUUCAACUCGUCCUUUUGAGAAAAACCAGAUGCCAUUUUGCUUUUGCCUGCACUUCCAACUUACGGUUAUCUUUAGGGUGUAAGAGCGGGAAAUUGAUAGCUUCCCGUUCUAGUUCUACCAUUAUUCGGUGGCGUUGGUUUAACAUAUGAUUCACAUAUUAUCGAUUAAAAUCGAAUAUUUAGGAGGAUCGAUGACAACUUAUCAUUAACUACUUGUAGCCUUAAUUACCACCUUUCGAGUCAAUGAAAUUGAGAUUGAAUGUGAUAGGAUUGUAAUUCAUAAUUCAUGGUUAUGAAAACACUAUGUAGAUUUUGAAUGAACUGAAUUUUAUGGCAAGGUAUUAUACAGUAAGUCUAAUUAGUCGUCGAAAUACAUUCAAAAUACUAGAUGUACCAUCUUAGCUUAGGGUUUAAGGUGCGUGGUUUAGAGUAUUAGGUCAUGGAGUUCGCUCAUCAAAAGUACAAUAUAUUAUCGUAUCCUAACAUUUAGAGAAUAUUUUCUUACCAAAAGUACGUGAUACUCUAGAUUUAUCCUGAAAAUGGUAUAACAUAUUUACUAGUAAAGACUGGAAAAUGUCGUGCAUUAUCCAUUUGCUUCUCCAAGCUUUCUUUGGGGUUUUUUCCCCAGACAGUUUGCUGAUGGCGGCGUGGCAUCCGAUGAGGCCAUGACAAUUCCCCAAAGCCAGGUUUUACCAUUUCUCGAUUUCCUUGUGGCUUAAACUGCUUUCAAGUUAGGAUUGUGUAUCCAUCAAUCAUUAUUCCUCCACACACUCGGCAAUGAAAACCCUCUAAUCAUGCAAAUGUUAGGGUUAAGUUUGAUUUUGUUGAUAAGUCCGGUUAAGAUUGUUAUAAUGUGGUAUUGUUCACAAUAUAUCAUUCUUUGUUUUUUAUACGUUAUUUACUAAAUUUUUGAAAAGGACAUAAUAGAUUGUUGUAUUAAUUUCACUCUCUCGGUCAUUAAUUAAUUAAUUAAACGGUUGUAUUUUUUCUAACAAGUUAUCAUUUUAAAUUUUAGCCUUCAACUUCAAGUACUUCACAGAAGUAGUUACGAAAUCAAAAUACGAUCUCAUCACAUAACAUGAGAUAAGGGGAUUUUAGACUUCGGUAGUGUUUGUUUCCACUUUUCUUUUCUUCAAUUUCCCCACAAAUUUAUGUUUAGGUUGAAACAAACACAUUUUGAAAAAUUUCCUCAAAUUUAAGCAAAAAGAACUAUUGACUCCAAAAUUCACUAAUUAUUUAGAUAUACAAUUACAAUCCACCUUACUAAAAAUUUCAAUUUUCAAACUUUAAGCCUAUUAAAAUAUGUAUUCUUAAAGUUAUAUCCUCAGUCAUUUUUCAAAAUACUCACAUUACAUUUUUACUAAAAACAUUGCUCACAAUCUCAAUAAGUACCCUCUAUUAAUAAAAAUAUGUUAAAUUACACGUUUGGUCACUCAAAUUACGUAAAUGUUUCACGUUUGCCACUUGAAUUACUUUUCUUUUUUAUUCACCACUAACUUUAUGAAUCGUUUCACCGUUAGUCACCAGCCGUUACACUCCGUUAAAUUUAUCAUACGUGGCAGUCAACUAUGAAAUUUAACCGUUAACUAGAUGACAUGGAAAUUAAAAAAAAAAGAUAAAGUAAUUAACGGUCAAAAUUAUCCUAGGAAUUCGAAAUUCUGCAAGGCUCCAGAGAAUGAACACAUAAAUUUUUUAAUUUAAUUAACUUUUAUUAAAUAAUUAAUAUAGGUAAAGUAAGUGAGAUGAUGAAGUGGAAAAUUAAGUUUAUUUUAAAAUUUCAUCUCAUCUAGUUAACGGUCAAAUUUUAUAGUUGACUGCCACGUAAGAAAAAUUUAACGGAGUGUAACGGCCGGUAACUAACAGUGAAAAGAUUCAUAAAGUAAGUGGCGAAUAAAAAAGAAAAAUAAUUUAAGUGGAAAACAUGAAAAUUUUAUUUAAUUUGAGUGAUUAAACGUGUAAUUUAGCCAUUAAAAAUACUUUAUUUUUCAUUCACUUUUUUUUUACACUUAUAAAAAACCAUUCCCCUCCCCCUACAAAGUUGAAGAAAAGUGCUCCUUAAAUUCGAGAAACAGUUUCCCCAAUCUAGGGAAAAGUUGAGAAGUGUUCGUGAAAACAAAGUGGGGUGAGAAGGUGUUAAAAGCCCAUUGCAUAUUGUAGGUUAAGCCCACAUUAAUGGCAUAAGCAGGCUUCGUAUUCAGCCCUUAACGAGACACGGAGUUGCCCUCCAUUGUGCUGGAUUAUCGUUUGUAAUUUCAUGGAUAGCACAUACUGUCGUAUCUGUUGUUUAAUCAACGGGCCUCUUGUAGUGGAAGCUCCAAAAGCCUAAAUCUAAGCAAGCCCACUAAUUACUUUAGGUCCGCAAAUUGUGAUGUACUUUUGUAAAAGAUAAAUAAUAUAUUGAUGUGGAAAUAUAAAUGAUUAGUUCAUUACAUCCUGGAAUUUAACUAGGUAGCAAAGUUAAAGAAGCAACUAGCAGAUGGGUACAAUGUAAUGGCUUUUCUAGCCACCAAAUGGGUUACUCUAUUACUACUCCGACCUACAAAUCGCAGACUAAGCCGAGCGUAGAUUGUGAAAUAACGCACAACUUCCUCAAGGAUGACGCCAACCCGAUUAUCCCGAGUAUCCGCCUGAUUGAUCUUAUCAAUAAUCACCUUGGUGUCGCCUUCAAAUCGGAUCUCCGAAAAACCAUGCGUCAAUCACUAGAUAAUAGCAUCACGAAGAACAAGUAACUCAAUAACCAUUGGAUCAUCAAUGCUAGGAAACUGCACCACAUUAUCCAUGAGGAUCAUCUCAUCCUGGUUAUUUAUAGUCAUACCACCCGCCGAAUGGGAUCCGCGCUUCUAACCCCAUCCCACUAACAAACAACCUCAUUAGGGUUUGCAGCCAACACGGUUAGAGUUGGAGGGUUAGAUUGCCGAGGAACAUCAGAAACUGGAAAAUUAACCCACUCCUGGUAUUGCUGAUGGAACUGCCGCAGUAAGGCUGGGAUCUCAAACUGUUUGCCAUCAAAGACAACUCAAUUCCUGGAUCGCCAAAUCCUUCAGAGGAUUGCGACAACCGCCAAAAACAAAUGAUGUUGAUGGAGCGAGUUCAUCGACUUUUUCAGGAUAAGUUGGAACCUAUGCUUAGGCAGCCCUUGACCAAGAUAAUCAAGUCAUGAGUGAUCCCAUAAAGCUCUCGCUACUAAACAAUCGAAAAACAAAUGCUCCAUUGUUUCCGACUCAUCCCAACAAACCGGAUAUCUAGGAAGCACCUAAACCUUAUUUUCUUUAAGGGCUUCCGUUGUAGGAAGGAUUCUGUGGAAUAAUUGUCACAAAAAAACUUUCAACUUUGGCUGGAUAUUGACAUCCCAUAAUCGAAUUCAGCUUGCCCGAUCCAUUCAACCCGCAGUAGUGCGCCAUCUUCCACCCUGUUUAUCCACUAGGACAGCAAGAUGGUAAGCAGAUUUGACAGUGAAAAUCCCAUCACCGAUGUCAUACCAAAUAAGUCUAUCCUCUAGAUCCUAACGGGGGAGAGGAAUGGUUUUGAUGGCACAACACGUGGGCGGAUCAAAUUAAUGAGAAAGCUUGAUAUCACACCAUCGACCGCCCCCAGAAGCUAUUACAUCCUCGACCCUCGGGUCACCUCCCUAAGAGAGCACAAUGGGAUUGCAAAUAGGAGCCUGCAGGUGCAAAGCAGUGACCCAACUUGAAGUCAACAAAAAGGCAGUCCUCUCAUUGCCAAUCUGCCACCGUAGGCCCUUAACCAACAAUUGACAAUGUAGUAAUUGAGAUGGUUGAGAGGAUUUAAUUGUGAAGAUCUACAAAUUUCUAGUAAAUGCUUAAUGAUUUUGUAGUAUUAGCUUGUAUCAUUUGCUAUAAUUUCAUGUUAAUAUGGUAAAAUACACAUUAUAUUUCUUAAGAAUAAAUUAUCCAACCAAUAUUUCUUAUAUAAGGAAAAUUUAUACAAACUCUUAUUUUUGGGAGAUCGGAAUGUCUUUUGUAAGAUCAUAUUGGAGGAGGAAUAACAAUAGGAUAGUCUAUUAAAUAGUUAGAAAAAUUCUCUGCUUAAUUCCUAGCAACAUGAUUGAUUGUAUAUUUGUGUAUUUUUUUGUCAAUAAUUGUAACACCUUAGGCAAAUCCCACGUCGACAAAGCACGGGAGAGAUCCAUGGUUCAUAAGUAGGAAACCACCUAUAACUGACGAGACGCGUUUUGGGGUGAAAUAGAGGAGUUCUCGUGAGAACUCCAAAGUUAAACGUGCUCAGUGUGGAGUACAACAAGGAUGGGUGACCUUAUGGGAAGUCACCCUGAAUUGCACCCCAAGUCGAAAACCGUGCGGGUGUAGAUGCCCAAAGCGGACAGUUUCCCAAAGUUAAACGUGCUCAGUGUGGAGCAGCGGCGGAUCUAAGGGGUGGCCACCCCGGGCCCCGGCCCAGCCCUCCCCUGGAUUCGGAGUUAGUAUAGUGUUUAUGAAUUUUCCGAUUUUAGUUAUUCGGCCUAGUGUUAUUUUAUAAUCAGAUUGGGUGUAACUAGAAAAAUGAUUCAGAUUAACAUAUUCAAAUCACUACUAUAAAUUUAGCCUAGAAAUUCUAGCUCCAAAGACUAUUUUUUCUAUAAAAAAAUGAAAUCUAGAAAACGUA